UUAUGAUAAUGGCGAUAACGUUGAAGCUACCCUAGUAUUACACCAUGGAUACAACAGGAUCUCAUGCGAAUCUGGCUUCUAGUGGAAGCAUUAGAUCGGUGAGACCAGUUGCUAGCAUACAACGUAGUUCCAAGAAGACUCGCACUAAAAACAGGGGCAGUCAGACUUGUAGUUCAGAUGAUGAUGACCUGCACUCCGAUGACAACCUGCGGCCAUAUGAAGAAGUGAAAGUUGCACAUCAUGACAAAAAAUUGGCCGGGCUGGGUAAGUUACAUUCACAUUUGUUUAGGCUGUGAAUUGACUGUGUCUGAAUUAUUCUGAAUAAAAUUUGGGAACAAGGGUGAGCAAGGGGCUUGAAGUGGACUUCUCUCACCAGACAAUAGAAUUAAUAUUGCCAAUAGGGAAAGAAAGAGAGGUUAAAAGUAAGUCCACAGAGAUUGGCUGUAAUAAGGAGGGGGUGGAGGAAAGAUGCAACAAGUGAAGAUAAACAUGUCAUUCAUGCCAUGUGGUCUCGAGGUCACAUUUAUAUGUGUUAUUGGUUGUUUGCUUGCUGAAGAAGGUUUGUUGCCGACACGUUCAUUGUUUUGUUAGGUCCUUUUUUGUUAUGUUUUCCCAUACUUGUUUCACAUACUUCCUUCUACUUUAACUGGUUGCAUUUUCUCCCCACCUUAUUAUUAAAAAAAAAUAACAGAUUGAGAAGACAAUGUGAAAUGAACAUGGGUUUCAAGGUAAGUAAUAAAAAUCACAAGAACGUGAGAAAAUACACUAAACGACUUACCUACUUCCAGUAUAGUUGGUGGUAUCCAGCACUCAGCAAAUAAAAUAUAGUGGCACUGUGAUUGAACUUGCUCUUUCAAACAACUUUGAUUAGGCCUUUUGUGAGAAUACCAUUUUUAUAUAAAUUUGUACACAAUUAUUUUCAGGUCUAACCCCUGAUGAAAACACUGUCACGCCAAUCAUGUCUUCUAAUGCAACUACCUGCAAGCAAAACAUGAGAUCAGCUGCUAGAGCAUAUGGCUAUGCUUCAGAUGAGGAGGCAGAAGCAAGGGUCCCGUUGCAGGGCAGACCCACCAUCUGCCAGCAGCACAGACAAGCACUGCAACAUCCUCAGCAUGAGCAUGUCGUGUAUGAUCCACCCUGGGACCAUAUUAACUUUGACCAUAUGAGAACAGCACACAGAACAGCACAGACUUCAGAGAGUGAUGAAGACAACAGACACACUUUACAGAGAUCCAGUCAAGCAGGUAUGUCAUUGAUUUACAUACACUAAUCCGGCUGGCAUAAGACUGAAAAGAUUAAUACUUGUAGAUUAGAGAUUUGAAUGUCACUGAUACAAGGAAUUAACCCAAGAAGGAUUUUAUAAGUUUUAUAUUAUUGACUGGUCAGAUCAUGACUUUGCUCUGUUUAUUCUGUGCCAGCCUCUACAGCAGUUAGUAGCCUAAAAUAUGUUCAUUUUCAGGCUUGGAAACAACAUGAGAUUUUCAUGAUUUGAAAUAAUAAAUCAUUCAGAAACAAAUUUCUAUUAAAUAAUUAUUUUAAUUUUUUUUUUGCAUUUAGUCAUUUCGUACCUAGGGAUAUAAUUUUAAAAGUUUCUUGUCUUUGAAUAGACAAAAUUCUUCAUAAUCUUCUGGUGUUCAACAAAUUAAAAUUGUUUAUUGUCUUUCACGUAUUCCACAUCAUUGAAAUAUUCAAGUUUCUGUAACUAAAACUUUUUAAUUGAGUUUGAUAUCUUAGAAACAUGAAAUCUGGUUAACAUCUGGCACCUGUGGGGAUUGUGGGUAUCUGCUGUAUUCUAGAUGACAAUUAGCUAUUUCCAUUGCAUGUAGAGUAUUCAUGUUAUAUCACAUUCUUGUUUGAGGAGGAAGGGGCAAAAGGAUUACCAGAUGGUGAAUAAAAGAUGAUAUGCGAGUCAGCUUUUAACUAGCCCAGAGAAAACCUUAUAGAAUUAGUUGUAUGAUAAUUGAGGAAAAGGUUGACUUAUAACUACCACAUAGAAAAUCAUUUCUAUAAUAUGUAUAAUUUUGAGUUAACUAAUGCUCAGUAUUUGAACGUAUUCUGUGACAAGUUAAAAUUAUCUUUGAUUUACUUCAAAAUUGUUAAAUUGUUUUGCCUUUCAAGCUCCUACAUAUUUUAUAAUACUUUUAUCUUUAAUAGAGGGAAGAUUUAUAAAAAAAAUAAUUAAUGCAUGUCCACAUUUAGUUAGGAAAACUCAAGAGAGAGAGAGAAAGCAAAUACUGUAUUAUGUGUAUGGAGAUAAUGAUGUAUUUAUGGAGAUAUGGAAAAGAGUGUUUAAAUGCUAACUUAAUAUUUCAUUGAUGAUUUAUUUGAUACUCUAUCAAAAAUGGGAGAGCAUACAAUAUAAUUAUUGGAGGAUCCAGGUAUUGCAAUUGUAAACCCAGUUAGAACAACUUAAAUUUUUGUCUCAGUGCACGGCACAUAUGGUGAGUCACUAUAAGGUUGGGAUAUAAAAGAUUAUGAAGGCAUGAAGUACUUUCAUUAUUUACCUAACAGAACUAUAACAAUAUAAAUUAUUUUUCAACUUUCAGGAACUUUGCCUAUGCCACCUCCCACAUUUCCCCCUCCACCGCCACCACCUAUUGAGGACAUUCCACAGCGAAGCCCCUUGCCCACUCGGCAGCGUUCCUUUGGUCCUUCUGUCAGAGGCAAUUAUUCAGAUGCUGACUUCCGUCGGCAACAAAACUUUUCAGAUGGAGAACAUGAACAGCCUAUGGAGAAUCCUUACAUGGUGCAA